AUGCCCGCAAUCACUAUCGACCCCCAUGGCCUCUUUGAAACCCGCCCAACUUUCUCCCACGUCACCUCCUCGGCCGGCCCGGCCCGCUUUGUCGCUACCUCGGGUCAGGUCGGCGCCGAUGUCAAUGGCGUUGUACCUAAUAAUCUAGACGACCAGAUAGCUCUCGCAUUUGCCAACCUGCAGCGUUGUAUCGACGCGGCUGGUGCGUCAGUUACCGACAUCCUUAAACUGGUGUAUUACAUCGUGGACUACGACCAUAAAAAUCGACCACAUGUCAAGCCUCUCCUAGCCUUCCUCAAGGGCCAUCGUCCUGCGACAUCGUUGGUCCCUAUUCCCAAGCUAGCGAAGCCAGAGUUUCUCUUUGAAGUCGAGGCGUAUCUUGCCGUGCCUCAGCGAGAACUGGAGAAGGUAGAUGUGGUUGUCGUUGGUGCAGGACUGAGCGGUCUCAAGGCAGCUUAUGAUGUGCAAAGGGCUGGUUAUUCAUGCGCGGUGGUAGAGGCGCGAGAUCGGGUGGGCGGCAAAACGUGGUCCGUUGAUCAGAGUGAUGGGGCGGGGAGGACGGUCGAACUUGGCGCUGCAUGGAUCAAUGACACGAACCAGUCCGAGAUCUUUGGGCUUGUUCAGGCUUUAGGCCUGGAAACGGUUGUUCAAAAUACCGACGGGAAUAUCGUCCAGCAAGAUAUCAAUGGAGAUCUCUCUCACUUCCUAUACGGGGGCCAACCGCAGGCCCUCGCCGAGCCAAACGGUGCUCAAGACGUGCUUGCUAUCCGCGAAAAGACAGAAGAGGCAUGUCAGGCUAUCGAUAUUCGUGAUCCUGUCCGCACGGGUGGAGAUCUGGACAAGAUAACGCUCGAGGAGUGGGCGACUUCCCAAGGAGGAGGCAAGACUGCCCUUGCAUCUGUGGCGAUAUGGACAAGAGUCAUGCUGGGCCUCGAGCCGCGGGAUGUGAGCGCAUUGUUCUUUCUCGACUACUGCAAAAGCGGAGGUGGACUGGUGCAGACGCGCUCCGAUCAGAAGAACGGAGGGCAGUAUCGGCGCCUGGUAAAAGGCACUCAGAGCAUUUCCAUCGGGCUAGCAGGGCUCUUGAAGUCGGGCUCUGUCCAUCUCAACUCCCCUGUGCGCAUUAUACAACAAAACAUCGACGGCGUGUAUGUCACUGCUGGAAAAGGCAGUUAUCUCGCCAAACGCGUGAUAGUCUCGGUCCCGACGCCUCUAUACAAAGAUAUCGCAUUUCAACCCCCUCUUCCCGCCGCAAAGCUGGAGCUGAGCCAGCAGAACAAGCUCGGAUAUAUCAACAAAGUCAUCCUCCGAUAUGGAUACCCAUGGUGGCGUCAAAAGAACCUGUGUGGCAUGCUCCAAUCCUUCAAGGGCCCCGUAGCCGUUUCUCGCGAUACGAGCGUUGAUGGGUCCGGACAGUUCUCGCUGACCUGCUUCUGCGCGGGGGAGCCAGGACUCGAGCACUCCAAGCUCCAACAAUCCGACCGAUUUAAGGUGGUAGUCGAACACAUUAAAUCGACCAUUGGGGCCGGGAUGGUGACUCCAGAGCCUCUCGGAAUCGAGGAGUGGGAGUGGUCAAAGGAUCUGUGGGCUCAAGGAUGUCCUUGUCCUGCAUCGCCACCCGGCCUAAUGACCCAAUUCGAAUCUGCGUUGCGCAGUUCCCACGGCAAAGUUCAUUUCGUAGGUACGGAGACCUCUUAUGAGUGGAAGGGGUAUAUGGACGGGGCAGUUCGUUCAGGCGCGAGGGGGGCGAGAGAAGUCAUCCAGACCUUAGGGAAUCCUAAAUUGUGA